AUGCGAGGUAAAUUACUAGAAUUUCCACUUGACUUGGAGAUUACAAAAACAGAAAAGAGAAACAGAAAACUUGCUCGGAAGAAGCUUUCAUUCAACGAGUUAGGAAUUCUGUCUGAAGAAGCACACAUCAUGGCAGGAAAUAAUGAAGCAGACAAUCCACUCAUGGAUACCAUUCUGGCUCCAUCAUUCAACAGUCCCAAUUCGAGUAUUAUUCAUCCUGAAGUUGGCAACAAUAAUUGGGAGCUCAAGUCUGUUAAUAUUCAAUUGGUUGAGAGAGCUCAGUUUGGUAGAGAGGAUGAUGAAGACCCUCAUCGGUUCAUAGACAGAUUUCUGAUGAUCUGUGACUCGACUAAACAUCUUCAGGUUUCCAAUGACGCGAUCCGACUGAGAAUGUUUCCUUUUGCUCUUAAAGGAAAGGCUUUGAACUGGUUGGAAAGGCAGCCUGCGAGAAGUAUUCCCUCGUGGGAAAAUUUAUCAAACAAGUUCUUUUUUGAGUUCUUCUCGAUGGAAAGAUACAAUCAGAUGGUGAAUGACAUCACCAAUUUCACUCAAGCUGAGGGUGAAACUAUGUGUGCAGCAUGGAACCGAUUUAAAGAUCUAAUGAGGAGAUGUCCUCAUUAUCCCAUGACCAAUGGUGAUCAGGUCCGAAUCUUCUUCAACGGAUGCAAACCUGAAAUCCGGAUGGUGCUGAAUGGUGCAGCAGGUGGAAGGUUGACAGCCAAGCCUAAGAGAGGUAUUCUUCACUUAGACAACAAUGAUGCAGUAUUGGCUGAAAAUAAAUUGUUAUCACAGCAAAUGGCAAAUUUGACAUCGAGGCUUGAUAAGAUGCAGCUCUCUAGUGUCCAAGCUCAAGCUGCUUCAGUUGUUUGUGAGUACUGCAAGGACAAUCAUGAAUCUAAUGAAUGUCCUUCCUUGUUAUCUGUCGAUCCUCCCCAACAAGUGCAUGUAAAUGGCGUGUGGUAUGAUCAGAGACCCCCACCACAAAAUGUUCCAAAGAAUCAGAAUUUUCCUUCUGGAAACAAUAACUUCCAAAUGAGGGUGCAAGGUACUGGUCUUGAUUUCAAGUCCAAUAAUUAUUUACAACCACCACCGGUUCAGCCUAAGGAACCUUCUAAUUUAGAGAAGCUAGUGGGACAGAUGGCCCAACAUUCUAAUUCUUUCAUGGAAGAGACUCGGGCAAACACCAGGAAUACACAAGCUUCUAUCAGAAAUUUGGAGAAUCAAAUUGGCCAGAUAGCUAAACAAAUGGCUGAAAGAGCUCCAGGAACCUUUCCUAACAAUACAGUUACUAAUUCGAAGGAGGAUUGUAUGGAUAUCACUACUAGAAGUGGUAAAGUGGUAGCAGCUCCAACAAAGUCAAACACAAAUGUGGAAGCUGAUGAAAAGUUUAAGGAGCCAGAAAAAGAAGUGGUAAUUCUUUCUGAAGUUGAGAAACCUGUUCAGAAAAGUGAAGAAGAGGAGCCACCAAUUAUUGUUGAAAAGAAGAAAUUUAAGCUGAAUCCUGAAUAUGUGAGAGCUAUGGCACCUUACCCAGAACGAUUCAAGAAAUAUGCUCAGAAGCAGCAAUAUGUAAGAUUUCUUGAUAUCUUCAAGAAGUUGCAUGUGAACAUACCUUUUGCUGAAGCUUUGGCUAACAUGCCCAACUAUGCCAAGUUCAUGAAGGACUUAGCAUUAUGUGAUCUUGGGGAAAUUAUUAAUCUGAUAUCGUUAUCUGUGUGUAAAUAUCUGGGAAUUACUGAGUUAAAACCAACUAUGGUUUCUCUUCAACUGGCUGAUAGAUCUUUGAGGAGACCAAGUGGUAUUAUUGAACAUGUGCUUGUUAAAGUGGAUAAAUUCAUCUUCCCAUCUGAUUUUGUGGUAUUAGACUUGGAAGAGGGUACUGAGAUGCCUUUGUUAUUGGGUAGACCUUUCUUGGCCACUGCUUGA